CUCGCGUCGCAUGGUGGGGGCCCGCUUGCGAAGUGGGAGGAGGAGCUAGAGCAGGGAGUCGACUCCUCUUCUCCGCCCGCGCCGGCGGCUUCCCUCGCCUGCGCCUCCCAGGGCUCGUCGGACCAAGAGGGGCUCGGAUCCUGACCUCCUCCUCUUCCGCAUGCUUUUUACCCGGAUCUGAUCUGAUUGAUAUCUCCGGUUAAAAAAGAAGAAAAAAAGGCGAGAGAUCGGAGGUUGCAAGACGGAGAGGUGGAAUUCGCGCGACAUCUCGUAGCCACCAGAUAGCGCUGUUCCUGCAACCAGAUCUACAGCGCCGCCGCGCCCCCGAGUCGUCGGAAUCGAUUUGGGCGCCGUUGGCAUCGACUUCAUCAACGGCCGGGCGAGCUCCCGGUUCCAUUCCACGGUAUAGUAGGUGGGAGAAGCCUUGGCAAGGGAGAGUGUGCUACUAUGGAAUCCCUGUGGAAGCUCAGCUACUUGCUCGAACCAGCAUCGCUUGCUCUAAUUGUGACCGCCAUUUCUGUUGCCUAUGCAUCGGCAUCACGUGCUCUAGAACAUGGGAAAGAGAUGGAGAGGAACUUGGACUUCUCUGAGGCUUCGAUCACGCUUGAUCAGUCGCAGGCGCUCAUGAUCCCCCUUGCGAGUUCUUGCAGCCUGUUGCUGAUGUUCUAUUUGUUCUCAUCCGUAUCACACCUGGUUACCGCCUUUACCGCUGUGGCAUCGGCAAUGGCACUCUUCUUCUGUCUGUCUCCCUAUAUAGCAUAUGUCAAGUCACGUUUCAGUAUGGGGGAUCCUUUUGUGUCAAGGUGCUGUUCGAAGUCAUUUACCCGGUUGCAAGGCUUGCUGAUUCUGAUCUGCAUAUGCACGGUGGUUGCCUGGUUGGUAUCAGGUCACUGGUUGUUAAAUAACCUACUGGGGAUUUCCAUAUGCAUAGCAUUUGUCAGCCAUGUGAGGCUUCCCAACAUAAAGAUUUGUGCAUUGCUUCUUGUUUGCCUGUUUGUGUACGAUGUUUUCUGGGUAUUCUUCUCAGAGAGGUUUUUUGGAGCAAAUGUUAUGGUGUCUGUCGCCACCCAGAAGGCAUCUAACCCAGUUCACACGGUAGCAAACAAGCUCAGUCUGCCUGGCUUGCAGCUGAUUACAAAGAAGCUAGAACUUCCAGUCAAGCUUGUCUUCCCCAGGAGUUUGAUGGGUGGGCUUGCUCCAGGAAGCAGUCCUGGGGACUACAUGAUGCUUGGUCUUGGAGACAUGGCCAUUCCAGGGAUGCUUCUAGCUCUUGUGCUCUCGUUCGAUCACCGGAAGAUCAAAGACAUGAGUGUUUCACAGGACAUGCCUCCCUCAAAACAGCGGAAAUAUGUAUGGUAUGCACUAACAGGUUAUGGUAUUGGCUUGGUAACUGCUUUGGCUGCUGGGAUCUUAUCCCAGUCUCCUCAACCUGCUCUACUCUACCUGGUGCCAUCAACGCUUGGUCCUGUUAUGUACAUGUCAUGGUUGAGGAACGAACUAUGGGAGCUAUGGGAAGGAUCCAGGCCAAUUCUAAACGAUAAAGCUCAUUUGUUGGAGGUCUGAGAUACAACAGGUGGUUGUGAAGAAGGUCUCGACCUCCAUGAUGUAAUCUGAUUAAGAUUUGUUUCAGCCCUUCAUAGUCUAAAGGAGAAUAUUUAUAAGCUAGAAUGCAGCAAGCAAUGUAAGGUUAUACCCUAUUGUUCUCACAAGAGGGAACAAGAUGUAUCACUUAAUAACAAUAAUAUAGAAGGUCUCUUUCGUUUCA